AUGACGACGUCGGCCGGCACGGCGCCAGUGCCCCAGCGCGCGAGGAUCGGAGUCCGUAUUCGUCCGUGGAUGCAAGAUGAGGAGGGCGCAAAGUACGAUAAGAACGCGUGGACGUGGCACAACCGCACGAUCUCGCAGCAAAUCUUUCCAGCCGAUUGCACAUCGCCGUCUGCGGAAGCCUCCGCGUUCGAGAGGCGCGUGAAGGAGCCCCCGACUGCGUACACAUUCGACCGUCUUUUUCCGCCGGAAACGUCCACGGCCGUCGUAUAUGCCUCCCUUGCCAGAGGCGUCGUGAUGGAUGCGAUGCGAGGAGCACACAACGGACUCGUCGUCGUAUAUGGCCAGGCAAAUUCAGGCAAGACGUACUCGGUCCAAGGCAAGGGCGGCAUGAUUGGGCUCGCCCUUCGAGACAUCUUUGAGCACGUGCACGAGCAGCGGCACACGGCAGAAUAUGCCAUUCAGGUGGCGUAUGUCGACAUUGGGACCGAUGAACGCAUGCACGACCUGCUGGCCCCGUCACCGUCCAAGACGGCGAGGGUUGUCCACGGCCCGAGAGGCAACUUCCAACUGGCGGGCCACACGGAAGAGCUGGUGACGUCCCUUGGCCAUGCACUCGCCGUCCUGGAUGCAGGAAUUGCCAAACAAGGCCGGCAUGGGACAGCUCACACCGUGCUGCGCGUGACGAUCGCAUCGCAAGCACGCACGAAAGCCGCGUCGCCCGCCGCUCCGCGCCGCUCCCCUGGCAAUUUAAAUCCCGUGCACGUCGCUGUGCUCGACUUUGUCGACUUGGCUGCGUCGGAAAGUGUGACUCGGGCGGUGGUCCCAGCGCCAGGUGACGGACGCAGCCCUGGCUUGAACAAGAGUUUACUGGCAUUUGGCCACAUCAUGUGGAAACGGAGCCACGAAACAAUGACCCACCAUCCCAUGAUCGAACGCGCGGACCUUCCAUACGGCGACUCGCAGCUCACGCGGCUACUGGAACCGUCCCUCGGUCCGCACGCCUCUCUCGCCAUGCUUUGCACAAUAUCGCCGUCCCUUCCGUGCUUGACCGAAACCCACAACACACUCAAGUUUGCCAGUCGGGCCAAGCGCAUUCACUACACGCUGCGCCCGAGUGAUUCGAUGGAGCGGCAGGGCACCAUUGAUGGCAACGUCCGUGCCACGGCGCACCGUCUCCAUCGCGUGCUCUUGCCUUCAGACGAGGUCCAAGUGACGAGCAAUGUGCCGCCUUCACGAUCGAAGCGCGUCGAUGGGACGGUCGAUGCUGCUGGAGAUGGGCUCAUCGUCUGUCGUCGGUCGACCACGAUUUGCUGCGGAUCGUCCAGGCCAUCCCUCGCGCCGAGCGAUGACGACGGCGAUUCGUCGGCAUGGGACGAUCCUGAUGCAGUGCCACCUUCAGACAACGGCACGGCCCAGGAAGACAAUGCUGCCGUGCAUGCCGCGACCCUGGACCUCCUCCGGCGCAAAAUCUCGAGAUUGAGCCUCGACCCGGACGACGCGUCGAUGUUGCUCCAUGGGUUGUUGGUGCUCGAGCGCGCUUACCGCCACGCGGCGUUGCCGCCAUAG